UUGAACUCAUCACCCUCGUGUUCCGCAGACCUUAAAGUGGGCGGUGUCGGAGUGCACGUUGUUUUCUUGUAUUUUAGGUCUUGGAAAGGAGAAACGAGAGUGGUCAGAUCAAUGUGUGAAGGGUUGGUCGACAUGGUGGGAGAGUACAGAUGAUGAAACAUUGAGAACGGAACUCUAGACCGAUCAUAGUUCCUAAAACGGACCGCGAGACGAACACGGUGAUUAUGCCCAGCGCAGCAGUGAGACGUUUAUCACAAGUCGAAAAAUACCUCAACAGCCGGAACGAUAUGGCGGAACGGAGCAGUGGCGAAGGGAACUCCCGGAACAUUCCGGAGUCGAUGCAUCACGGCAGCUUGGAGAACAACCUCGAUCUGGACCUGAGCGGCAUCCCAGACUCCCAACGCUACCUCGACUCCUCCCACCGCAGCCUAGACUCCUCCUACCGCUCCCUGCCCCCCGGACUCAACAGCUUGCAGCAGAAGAUCCUCAGGGUGACAGAGCAACUGAAGAUUGAGACGGAGUCACGAGACGACAAUGUGAUAGAGUACCUGAAACUGGUGAACAGUGUCGACAAGCAGCAGGUGUUUACCUUUUUAACGGUGGGGCGCAUCAAGCAUGUGUUUGAGAAGAAGAACCAGAAGUCAGCUCACAGCAUUGCCCACAUGCAGAAAAAGCUUGAGCAGUAUCAUAAGAAGAUGAAGGACAGCAGCGAGAAGGACACCAGCUCCCAACACCACAGCAUCUCUAAAGAGAGCUCAAAGGACAUGCUAAGCCACACCAUGAGCAACGUGAGCAGUGGUAGUGGACGACACCCACUGGACAAGAUCAAGACAGUAGGGCCUGGCGUCUCGCUCUCGCCACCUUUCUUUUUCAGCAAGCCCCGGGACUUUGCCAACCUCAUCAGGAACAAGUUUGGCAGUGCCGACAACAUCGCUCACCUGAAGACCUACCUCGACACGCCCUCUCCCUUCCACUCUGAAGGAACUGGGCGGGCCUUGAGUGGGAGCGCCACCUUAGUGAGUGGGAAGACCCCUGCCGCCACGCCCACGCCCAAGUACACAAGCGAUGACGAGUGUUCCUCGGGCACGUCCCUGUCGGCGGACAGCAACGGGAACACAAUGGCUCUGGGCGUUGGCCUGGGUCUAGAAGUGGGUGUCGGGGCAGUGAUGACACCAGGGCAGAUCCUGGAGUCUGGGGACAGCCAGGAGAGGCUGGGCCUGACCACGGAGGAGGUUAGGGAGAUCAGGGAGGCCCAGGGGCAGCUGGAGGAGGACAUGGAGGGAUUCAAGACCCAGUUCAAGAAAGACCACAGCUUCAUCACCCAAACGCUGCAAGAGGAGAGAUACAGGUGUGAGCGGUUGGAGGACCAGCUGAAUGAUCUGACUGAGCUCCACCAGGCCGAGACAGCCGACCUGAAACAGGAGCUGGCCAGCAUUGAGGAGAGAGUGGCCUACCAAGCCUACGAGAGGGCUAGAGACAUACAGGAGGCCCUAGAGUCAUGCCAGACGCGGGUCUCUAAACUAGAGCUCCAGCAGCAGCAGCAACAAACCGUACAGCUUGAGUCCCGUGAUGCCAGGGUGCUUCUGGGUAAAAGUAUCAACAUCAUGCUCGCCAUCGUCACCGUGAUCCUUGUAUGCGUCUCCACGGCCGCCAAGUUCGCGGCACCCCUACUGCGGAGCCGUCGCCACGUGAUGGGCACCUUCCUGGGCAUGUGUUUGUUGGCGCUGUUCUGGAGGAACUGGGAGAAUCUACAGUGUGCUGUGGAGAGGGUCCUGGUGCCAGCCUGAGGGGGGACAAUAGUCUAAUGCUGUCCAUGUCACUCACUGCAACAAAUGAUCUACGGACUGAUCUCAGAACUCCAACAAAACAGCCUAUUGAUGUAGUAAAAUGCAGAAGGUGCAUAAUGCAAAAGAAGUCCGCUGGGGGGAAAUGGAGCUAGCAAAGCAUGGUCACUGACUGGUUAAUCGCAUCACCUAGAAUAACACUGAAUAUCAAGACAUUGUGGGGUGAAUGAACACACAAUAACUGACAUAACAACAGAAACGACAACCACACCACUUGAGAAUGUUGUAAUCCUUGAUCAAUGCUGUUUCUUGCAAUUGUAAGGUUUAAUCAAUGCUCCCAGAAACAAGUCUUGCCGUGUUAAGUCCAUCAUGAGAGACUUCAACAUAUAGGUUCUCCAUUGGUCAGAAGAGGGGAUGCUGUCCAGAACACACUACAACAAAUAAUUUCCAGACAGUCAGAUCACGUGCAUAGUGCAGAAGAAUUGCGAUAGAGCAAGCAUGAUUGGGGAAAGAUAGGAGCUGGGUAAAGCAUGGUUACUAACUGACUGACUGUUCAUUAUACAGUAUAUUGCUGGAUCACAAUCUCCAACGCCAUCAAUACACACACGCACACACACAACUCAGCCUUGAUGGGCGGCCCUGCCAACAUUUUACCACAGAGACUACAGUCCACAAUACAGGAGUCAGGGAGGUGGACAUCUUGUUUAGAUCUUGUAUGUCUUAAGGCUUAUGUCUUACAGCCAAUCUUCAUUCCUUCUUUAUUACCUUGCCUGCAGUCAGAGGUUUGUCAGCAUUCUUUUACAACUGCUGUUGACUUGGUUAGUUUACUUCUUUUAUUGGAUACAUUUUAAAAGUGAAAUAUGUUUGAUUGCUUCUUUUUUUUAACAGCCACUUGUUUGUUUUUAGGAAAGGAUGUUCUCUGUUUCCCUCUAGAUGGAGAAAUGACGGGAUGCUGUCUGAAGGUUUGGGGGAUGUAAAAAAAAAGAAUCCGAUUUUUUUUCUUCUCCAUAUAGAAACGUAUACAUACGAACAACAAAUGACAGACACAGCCAAACAAUGACUACAUCUCAUCUGCCCAGAAACAGCAUGCUCACACCCCCAUCCCUAGUGCCUGCAUUAUUGUUUGCCACUUAAAUUGUAUCAAUUUGUUUUUCUCAGUCGCCCCUACUAUUUCCAUAUUUAAAUAAUACCGAAUGCCAAUAGUUAUAAUUAAUAGAUAGAGAAAGUAUUUCUCAGAGAGGAGGAGGGACUGAUAAGGUUGAUUUGGCCAAUUGAUUGAUGUUUGUUGACCUUCAAGAGGAAGUAGUGGACUCUUUGUAACACUGUCAUAUGAGGCUUUGGGUUCUUUUACUGUUCCUCUGAAACACUUUUUCUGUUCCAAUGGGUGAUAGGCUAGCUAGCUACUCUAGUCCAAUGAGAAGCAACUGAGCAUUGAGCAGCCUUACAUAUACUCCACAGUGGAUAGAGAUAAGCACUAAAAGGAGUAUAUUUGGGGGUCUGGGGGGUCGACUAGCACAAGGACUAGUAUCUGUAUGUGGACUUAACAUGACAGAUACAGACCAUAUCUAAUGUUUGUUUGUUGUAAUAACAUUUCCUCUAAUUUGUUUGUUUGUAUUGACCUAGUCACGCACAGACAGGGUUGUUGUUAUUUACCUGCUGCUGACUGUAUGUACAGUAUGAGAUUUGGGUAAUACUUUAUUUUACAGCACAGUUUAAGAUGGUUCUAGUGUUGCAAUACUCGGGUAACUUUCCCAAAAUGUCCAUGUUUUCCAUAAAUCCUGUUUUAUUAGGAUUCCCAAUUCUCUGCUUAUUCCCAUUUUUAUUCCAGGAAUCUUCCAACUGUGAAUUUGGGGAAAGUUACCGGAAUUUUAGCAAUUAUUACGUAAUUACCGUUUUAACAUUUUAAUUUCUAACUAUAGUACCUGCUAAACAGGGGGUACAGAGAUGAUUUAUGUUCCUCUGUUUUGAUACACCGGAAGAAUUUACCUGAACAUGGAUUAGAUUUAUUACAGUCUCUUAUUCAUCUACAGUGAACAUGGAUUAGAUUCAUUACAGUCUCUUAUUCAUCUACAGUGAACAUGGAUUUGAUUCAUUACAGACUCUUAUUCAUCUUCAGUGAACAUGGAUUUGAUUCAUUACAGACUCUUAUUCAUCUUCAGUGAACAUGGAUUAGAUUCAUUACAGUCUCUUAUUCAUCUUCAGUGAACAUGGAUUAGAUUCAUUACAGUCUCUUAUUCAUCUUCACUGCACAAUAAUAUGAUUUACCUGCUCUCAUACAUUAUGUGCCUUCUUGUAUGCGACAAUUCUGUUAAAAUUAAACAAAAAAAAUGUAGUCAACAAACCACUCCAUGAUAUUUGAGUGAGUGGGAUAUUUUGUGCUUGCCUGUCAGAUAUUUGCCUAUGAUUAAAAAAAAAAAUUUAAGUCAGGAAUACCACCUUAGUGGUAUGGAUGACAGUAACGGUCAAAAUAAUGAAUAAACUAAUGAAAUAAAGUAAUUAUUAGUUCA